CAGAGAAGCUUCCAGGGGGCAGGGCUCAGCGCCACACCCAGAUUUCAGGACGCCCCUGAAGGCCUCGUUAGAGGAAGACAGCCUGGUGUUUUCACUUCUGACAAGUCCAGAGCCGCUUGUCCACGAGUCUGAAGUGCUCACGCACCUCUUCGCGCGGCUCAGUGCCCGACUUCUCACGCCCUGGAACGCGACUGUGGCCUGGCUUGCAGCUUCCAGCUCAGAGUCCACCCAGCAGCAUUGCAAGGCCAGGAUGGCGGUGACCGUGACGGUGGAGCCCGCCGGCCACUGCUGCUGGGACCAGCCGGUGCGCAUCGCCGUCAGCGGCCUGGCCCCGGGGCAGCCCGUCACGCUGCGCGCGUCCCUGCGCGACGAGAAGGGCGAGCUCUUCCGGGCCCACGCGCGCUACUGCGCCGGCCCCGGCGGCCUGCUGGACCUGACGCGCGCGCCCGCGCUGGGGGGCAGUUUCGCGGGGCUCGAGCCCAUGGGGCUCCUCUGGGCGCUGGAGCCCGAGAAGCCGUUUUGGCGUUUUCUGAAGCGGGACGUGCAGACGCCCUUCGCUGUAGAGCUGGAGGUGCUCGACGGCCACGACCCAGAGACUGAGCGGCUCCUGGGCCGGACCGUGCACGAGCGCCACUUUCUGGGUCCCGGAGUGCGGAGAGAACCAGUGCGCGCGGGCCGGGUGCGCGCCGCCCUCUUCCUGCCGCCAGGGCCUGGACCUUUCCCGGGGAUCAUUGACAUCUUUGGUGUUGGAGGAGGCCUGUUGGAAUAUCGGGCCAGCCUUCUGGCUGGCCAUGGAUUUGCCACCUUGGCUUUGGCUUACUAUGACUUUGAAGAUCUCCCCAAGAAUAUUGAUACCAUCCACCUGGACUACUUUGAAGAAGCCCUUUGCUACAUGCUUCAACACUCCCAGGUAAAGGGCCCAGGCAUUGGGCUUCUGGGCAUUUCUUUGGGAGCUGAUAUUUGUCUCUCCAUGGCCUCAUUUCUGAAGAAUAUCUCAGCCACAGUUUCCAUCAAUGGAUCUGGAUUCACUGCAAGUAGACCCAUACACUACAAGCAGACUAGCAUCCCACCUUUGGGCCAUGAUGUGAGGAGAGUCAAGGUAGCUUUCUCAGGUCUCCUGGACAUUGUGGAUAUACGGAAUGAUAUUGUUGGAGGGUGUGAGAACCCCUGCAUGAUUCCAAUAGAGAAGGCCCAGGGGCCCAUCCUCUUCAUCGCUGGUGAGGAUGAUCAUAACUGGAGGAGUGACUUAUAUACCCAAAGAGCUUCUGAACGGUUACAGGCCCAUGGAAAGGAAAAACCCCAGAUCAUUUCUUACCCUGGGACUGGGCAUUACAUUGAGCCUCCUUAUUUCCCCAUGUGCCCAGCUUCUCUGCACAAACUAAUAGACCAACGUGUGAUCUGGGGUGGGGAGCCCAGGGCUCAUUCUAAGGCCCAGGUAGAUGCUUGGGAGCAAAUUCUAAACUUCUUCUACAAACACCUUGGUGGUACCCAGAAAAGAGCUUACUCCAAAUUGUAAUGUUUUGAUCUUAUUGACACAGAGAUUUAAGAUGCUUAAUAAUCUUAUGUCAAUCAGUUGUUCUCUGGAUAAUAUUAAAUCCAUGUCAUUGGUUUUAAUGAUGUAUUUUAGAUAACUUUUUCGAAUAAAUUAUUUCCAUUAAUUUCACUUACAACAUAUGCCUACUGCAAAAGAUCAACGAGAGGUAUACAACACCAAAAGGUAAAAAGUAUUUAAGUAUUUCUACUAUUAAAAUUUGUGUUUUCAUCUUGAGUUUUUUACUUAACACUUUGAGCUAUAGAGAAAUUUAAAGUUGAACGAAUAACUGGGUUAAAUUUUCCAUCAUCAGGAGAAAAUGAACAUUCAUUGUUUGUGCCUGGCAGUAAUAGAAUUUUCUGGCAGUGACUGACAGAAUGACCAACAGCGCACAGAAAGAUGUUGACAUAAGGAAAGCCAACUAACCUUUUCCUCAUGGAGGUCAGAGAAGAAUCCUUUGCUGGAAAGUAAAGAUAAAGAAGUUAAAUCUAGGGCCUCCCUAGUGGCACAGGAGUUAAAAUCAGUGCUAUCAAAUUCUCACCAACCACUGCAACUUGAGUUCUAUCCCCUGCCAGGGAACUACCUACCUGGCACAGCAGACCUUUCCAGUCUCACCC